CCUAGGGCGGGGCUUUCUGGCUUGCUUUCCUCCUUGCUCUUUCUCUGCACCCAAGGACACUUUUAGCCUCAUUUCCUGAUCUUACAGCCUCACCUGCGGUGUGGAGCUGCUGGGGCAGGCAGGCAUGCAGCAGACAGGACUCGCUCUCGUGGCCUUGGCUGCCUGUGUGGCUCUUCAUCCCUCGGAAGCCAUACUCCCCAUUGCCUCCAGCUGCUGCACCGAGGUUUCACAUCAUAUUUCCAGAAGGCUUCUGGAAAGAGUGAAUGUGUGUCGCAUUCAGAGAGCUGACGGGGAUUGUGACUUGGCUGCUGUCAUCCUUCAUGUCAAGCACAGAAGAAUCUGUGUCAGCCCGCACAAUCAUGUUAUUAAGCAGUGGAUGAAGGAACAAGCAGCUAAGAAAGAUGCUAAAGGCAACGUUUGCCAGAAGAAACACCAUGGCAGGAGGAACAGUAAAGGGGCACAUCAGGGGAAGCGUGAAACACAUGGCCACAAAACUCCUUAUUAGAGAGGGUACAGAUGAAGCUACACAGACGAGUCCUGAGUGAACUUGACCAUAGUUCGUUAGAACUAUAUCACAUGGAUGUUCCUUACUGGAAGCCAACAGGGCAAAACAAAAUAUAUUUUUAAGGGAACAAUUAUACAGAUGCAAAUGUAGCCAAUAAUGUAUUCAACUGAAAAAUGAAAUGAAAAGAGAAUACUUAUCUUCAUAUAAUAUUUUAAGAGCAGCAUACAGAUCUAAUUUCAAAAACUUUUUCAUUAUGAUGUUUUCCAAACCUACAAAGAAGUUGAAAAGGUUCUAUGAACACCUGUAUUCCUUUCACCUAGAUUAAUCCUUGUUAAUAUUCUGCCACACUUGUUUUUUCUCUCUUCUUUGUACGUAUGUAUAUAAAACAUUAUGUAUAAAAAUAUGUAAUUCUUUUGCUAAACCAUUUGAAUAGAAGUUACAAACAUCAUGACACUUUAUUCCUAAAUAUUUUUUAGUGUACACUUGGCAUCCCUCAAGAAUAAAGACUGUGUCUAAUUACGCUAUCAGCUUUAUACCUAAAAAAGUAACAAUUCAUCAUAUGUAUACACAGUAUAUGUAUUCACAUUCCACAUUCAAAUUUCUCCAACUUUUUCCAGAGCAUUAGAUUUUUUUCAACCAAAGUUUACAUAUUGCAAUUUAAUUGUUGUAUUUCUUUAGUACCAUUCCAUCUAAAAAAAUCCCUGCUUUUUUUUCUUUUUUUUUCUUCCCAUGGCAUGAAUUAAAAAAAAAAAAAGAGCCCAGGCAAGACUUGGUUCCACAUUCUUGGUUUGUCUGUUUCCUCAGGAUCAUAUUCGGAUUUAACAGUUUUUGGUAAGAAUGCUUCCUAUGUGAAUUCGUAUAUGAUUGCAUUAUUUAGAGUUCAUGAACAGUGGAGUUCAUUUUCUUCAUAGAAAACUUUUAGCUGAAUAUCACCUUAAAACGCAUAGUUUGAGUAACUACUGUUGUUUGGAUCGACAAAUUCUGACACUAAAAAGGAAUGCCUGCUUUCCUCUGGGAGCUGUCUGCCUCCCAGUUGGUUCUGGGGGCAGACUGGGAAGGGGUCCGGAGUUGGGUCUGGUGGGAUGACUUUACGCUCUCCUAAAUAAGGAGCCUAUAUCCUUUAUCCUAUAUCCUAACCCACCUUUCCCCCACGUUGUGGGUCUGUCCCCACUGUUCUGCUCCUCUUUUGCCCUCCUUGUUCACAGAGGCUCCGAGAUGUAGAGUAAGAGGUAAUUUUCACAAACAGCCACCAGAUGGCAGAAGCACAGCGUCCGCUCUGCCCGUGGUGUUGCCAGGAUGACUUGAGUGUGAUAAUGGAGCACACGGAGGUGCUGAGCCUGAUGUAGGUUAAAAUAUCACCAGACGGCCUUUGUCUAAUACUCCUCACUGACACUCUUAGCAUGUGAUUUACUUAUUCUUACCAACAAUCCUGCGAGCUUUGUAUUGAUGUUUCCACUUUAAGGAUCAGGAAACCAGAGGCUCAUAGGGGUAAAAUGACUUGCCCAAGUGCACACAGUAAGCGGCCAAGACAAGCCUUGUACCCAGGGUUCCACUUCCCGUUUUCCCAUUAGCCCUAGCAGUGAAUCCUGGAAGGUGUGGACCUGGAGGUGGGGCGGAGGGAGGGGAAUUCAGGUAAAGAUCUGUGCAUCUGGUGCUUCAACAAAGGGCCAGGGGAUGGGCUGACAGUUUUACUUGGGUGCAGAAUUAAGACAUGUUGCUACUGGCAUUGUUAGAGCUGAUACCGGCAAUAACCAUCUUCACAGAUUAAAAUAGGUCCCAACCUGACUUUACUGAGUUUUGUACUCUUAGGUAGUGGAGGGAAUCACACACUAUUUAUAGCCUUUGUUUUGCAAAAUCUUCCUCACUGGGUUCUUCUUUUCAACAUAAAGACAGAUUUUUGUCAAAAAAUACAGCAUUCUUCCACUCAACCGCAUCAUGCUUUUUAAUAUGAAAAUAUAAUAAAAUAGGUAAUCUUGAGAAAAAAAA